GCUCUGACCACUCACUUUCCUCCAACUUCUCUCGUUCUCGUUUCCCAUCUUUGCAGACUACUUUCGUCGAUAUUCCGUUUCGCCCUAGACUCAGGCAGGCCAUUUCUGCCUCUCAGAGAUGAGGCUCUUCUCGUUAAAGGGACUCGCACGCUUUCCGUGCUCAUUACUCAUCGCGUCUCUCGCACUCGCCGGCUCUGCUCUCCCUGCCAAAUCUGCUGCUUCGGAGGUUCUGACUCCAGACAACUUUAAACAGACAAUCUCGGAAGGGUAUUGGUUUAUAGAACAUUUCUCGCCAUGGUGUCCACAUUGUCGAGAUUUUGCCCCGCUAUGGGAUGAGCUCGUGGGAGAUUACACAGGGACGGGUGUACAUCUUGCACAGGUGAAUUGUGCCGUUCAUGGAGACCUCUGCACGGAGAAUGGUAUCAGUGGUUAUCCUCAAAUGAAUUUAUACCAAGACGGUCGCAUGGUAGAGACUUUCAAAGGUAGUCGUAGUCGCGAGCGCCUAGUUGCCUUCGUCCAAAAGCAUACUUCCAUCGAACCGCUACCCCCUGUUUCCUCGGCUAAGUCACACACUGAAGACCACCAAAUCACACCCCAUCCUGAGCCUUCCAUAAACCUGAACCCGAACGGCGAAGUCCUUGCACUGACACCUGCAACAUUCAAGAACGCGGCUGCAGAAGGAAACAUUUUCGUCAAAUUCUUUGCACCAUGGUGUGGUCAUUGCAAGAAACUGGCACCGGUUUGGACAAAACUUGCCACUGAAAUGCAGCAUAAAUUGACUAUCGCAGAGGUCAAUUGUGACGACCACAAAGCGUUGUGUAAAGAACAAGAUGUGGAGGGAUUCCCCAUGCUGUUCUUAUACUCUGCUGGUGGACAAAAAACCGAAUACACGGGAAGCAGGAAAUUGGAAGUCAUGAAAUCAUGGGCGGAUAAAGCUGUCAAGCCGAGUGUCUCCAAGCUUGAAUACUCAGAAUUGGAGGAAGUGAUGAAGGAGAAUUCCGUCAUCUAUCUUUUGAUUCACCAAUCUGAAGAUGAGCACCUUUUGAAGAACACACUCACCAAAGCCGCUCGUCCUUUACUUGGGUCUCCCCCCGUCUUCACUUCCACAGACAGGUCAUUCCUUUCUCACCUAUCGCUCCCUGAGAGUUCUGUCCCCCUUCUCCUUGCACUCAAGGAUCAUGACUCUCAUACGCCAACGUCAACUCUCCAGCUCUCAGCUAAUAUCCCCGAGAAAGAGCUAAACUCGUGGCUAACCAACAAUCGCCUUCCUACCUCAAUGGAGCUGGGUGAUGGCACCUUCCAGCAAGUCAUGAAAGCGCCCCAUCAGCCGCUUGUGGUCAUCGUUUCGGUACCGAGCGAAGGAUCUGAGCGCACUCAGCUGAUCCAACAAGUCGAAACGAUCGGACAGAAGUGGCGGCAACGAGCCGAUAGCGAGAAAGGCCUACCAGAGCGCGGAAUAGUAUUCACGUGGAUGGACGGCGAGCGAUGGGCGACUUGGCUGAAGAGCAUGUAUGGCAUAUCAGACCACGGCGCCGUUGUUAUCGCUGAUCAUGGAAAACUGGUUUACUAUGACACAGAGCCUAACGGCAGCAGGAUAUCUUUGUCUUCCACAAGCAUCUUCGCUGCCCUUCAGGGUGCCUUAACAGGGGCUUAUCACCCGAAAAACUCUGAGAAUGCAGUAGAACGUAUGGCUAGAUAUUUGAACAGCAAACUCACUACGAUCGAGACGUCGGUAACAAACCACCCGCUCAUGACUGCCGUCAUACUGGCUGUAGCAGUUAUCGGACUUUUUUUGGGACUUAGGAGGCUCUUCAGCGAGGACGAUCAGAAUGGUUAUUAUCAACAUGCAAAUGGGAAGGGCGGCCGAUUGGACUAGUAGUGCUAGCUAUGGUUGUAUUUUUUCGGGAAUACUUAUCUAUCUAUCUCUUUACACGUAUUCAUCAAGGAUGCGACCUUGUAGGUCGAUGCUUGAUACGCACCUACGCACGACAGUUCUUAAUACAGACUUCACACUGCU